AUGGGUAUGACCAUAAUUAAUUGUUUAUCUAGUCAAUUUUUUAUCAACUUCUUUACAGACCUCGGUUUCCUACGUGCAUUGAAUAUCUUCAAUUUCGGUGAAGUUUUCAACUAUCUCGGUAUUCUCUCCUCGAACAAUGUAAUCGAAACUGUGGACGUCUUCUUCACCAUGUUCGCCAUGUGGAUGCUUGCUAGUGGUCUCAUUCACCUUAUAAUUCAUCUGGGAGACUUUUGGAUGGAAGAUCACAAGGCUGAUACGUGGAGUUACCUCAUAUGCUGCUAUUUCCUUUUGGUUACUAUGUCAACAGUUGGAUAUGGUGAUUUCCACCCCAAAACUACGAUUGGCCGGCUGUAUAUCUGCAUUUUUAUUCCAGUUGCAAUAAAUGGGGAGGAAAUAACUGGAAAUGGUGACCAGUGUCGAACAGGCAGUUCACUCAAAGAGCACGUGACUGUCGGAGAUCUUUGGCUUUGGGAUGACGUCAGCAUGCAGGGUAUCUUCGCUGUAUUUGUGCCCGAGAUAUUAAAUAAAGUCUCCACGAGAAACGAGCAAUCUGAUUCAUAUCAAGCCUUGGCUGGACAUCAACAUGUUGUGGUUUGCGGACACUUUGACAACAUCAGUCUCAGUGCUGUUCUUCGCGGCUUCUUCCAUAAUGAACAUUCCUCUAGACGCAAUCUUGUGAACAUGGUGAUUCUUCGUGUAUCACCGAUCGACUUAGCUUUACGCGCAAUCCUGACAAAAUAUAACGCUUGGGUGAAGUAUUUCCAGGGUACUCCAGCUGACCCUCAAGAUUUGGCCCGGAUCUGCUUCCGUAGUUCUGCAGGAGCUAUGGUUCUGGCUACUCCCAAUUCUUCGAGGUCAAGUGAUGAAGAUGGCGCCAAUAUUAUGCAAGCCAUUGCUCUGAAAGCUCAUUCAGAGAGAAUCCGAGUUCUUGUGCAACUACAUCACUUCAGGAACAAAUGUCUCCUGGAAAAUUUCCCACGAUGGACAUGUCGAAGCAAGGAUAUGGUCAUCUGCAUGGAUGAACUAAAGCUGGGUCUAAUGGCUCUUAAUUGUCUUGCUCCUGGUUUUUCAACCAUAAUUCUGAAUCUUCUUAACGGUCAUCGACUCAAAAAUGUCGGGAGUCAGGAGAAGUGGCGACGGGAAUACGAGUUUGGUGUCUCGAUGGAGAUCUAUGAUGUUAGCUUGAGUUACGAGUUCCACAAUCUGUGUGCUCAAGAGCUGACACUAUUCGCUUAUGAGAAAUGGAACGUUGUAAUCUGUGCUCUCUACUGUGCUGAACCAGAGAAGCCGAGCAUCAUUAUCAACCCUGCUGGGUAUAGGGAUCUGAAAAUCGAUUCAUUGACUACGAAAGCAAUUGUCAUUGCAACAAAUUCAACAAUAGUCAAUAAAAUGAGAAAUUAUUGCACCAAAUGCAGAGCUCAUGAAACAGGCGAAAUUUGUCAAUGCCCGGCACGACUGCAAUUCUUUAUUCAAGCUGCUGGAAUUAAAAGAGAAAAAGAGCUUACCAUUAGUGAGGGGUCCGCAAAUCAAAUGCACGAGGAUGCAGAAGAGGAGAGCAUAUCUGAACCCUUCACCCCUGACCCCCCAAGAACACCUGAAGAAAUUGAGAGUGAUCCCGAAUUAGUGGCCGUCGCGGGCUUGAAUCGAGCUGAAUCUGAAACUUUUCGUUCACUGAAUGCAAAAGUCAAAGGCGCUUCUCGUUUCAAUAGUCAUCACAACUCAACAACAAUUCUACCUACUCGAAGUGCCAAUCUCGUUCGUGGAGGACUUCGUCAGUCCAUGGUCACAAACUUCAAUGAAUGCUAUACUGUGCCCCACAAAUCUUAUGCCCCAAAACAUUUUGACUCCACUGGUUGUUUCCAUUGGGUACCGGAUACGCCAAUCGAACGCGUUAGAUUGACGCCAGCGGAUGCCAUUAGAUAUCAAUUUAGAGACCAUUACCUUCUCUGCAUUGUUGGACCAUUGGAAGACGGAUCUUUGAAUCUGAAGAGCUUUGUCUAUCCGCUGCGAUUCCAUUGGAUGGAAGUUAGGGAUAUCGUUAUUCUUGGCGACACCUCGGUUGUCAAGGAAGAGGAGUGGGUGAAGGUCAAGAAUAUUCCUCACGUCUUUCUUGUCCAGGGGAAUCCAUGUAGUCUUAACGACUUGAAUGCUGUGAGGUUGAAGAAGUGUUCUGCUUGUACCAUUCUUGGGGAAUCUGCAAGCAUCUACGAUGGUGACCAUUGUAUGCGGGACAAGAAUACACUUCUCUGUGCAAUGACAAUCCGUUCCCUGAUUGAACAGUCACCGCUAAAUAUCCACAUGACUGUUGAAUUGCACGACGAGCAGAAUGCUCACCACUUCAGCUCGGCGGAAUCCCAUCAACUUGACUUCAAACUAUCCACGCGUUUCCAGGAGGCUUUCGCUAGAGGCAUUAUCUUCAGCAAUACUCUCCUUUACAGUUCAAUCAGUUCUCUAUAUUUCAGUGGUGCCGUCUUCCGUUUUCUCAGGGUCCUUUUGUUUGGUACUGCUGUAGAGGAGCUUGAAACCACAAAUCUACUCCGAAACGGAUUGCAAAAAGGAAAUCCGAAUACAACCCCAAAAGCAACAGGAAAUCGUAUUGCUCUUCUCAAGAUGAAUGAAGUGCCGUUUGGAACUCUUUUUACCAGAUCAAUUAAGCGAACACUUCGUUAUAAAGCCGUCUUUGUUCAUGCCUUAAUGUGCUGGAGAAUUCUCUGUCUGGGAAUAUAUCGUCUUGAUAGGCGUGGAUUCCGGGUUGUUGUGACUAAUCCCCAUACUAACCUCAAAAUUUGUCUCGAUGAUCAGAUAUUCUGCUUCGUACCAAGCGAAUGUACCGCCCUGGCUGAAGACACAUUGAGUGUCUUCUCUAGUCCUACUAUCGAUUCAUUUUCUUUCUUCUCAAAUACACCCGGAGCAACUUAUGGAGGAAUGUCAGCGGCUGAACUGGCUCGCCAAAGUGUCGUCAUGUUCCGUAACCUCCAGCAGCUUGGGUAG